AUGACGACAACCAGCAAGCCGGUGCCUUCGGUAAUUCGACCCGGCAAAGCACCCGAGGGUCCACCGGGCUGGGAAGAGCGAAGGGUCGAAAAGCAGGUGCAAGCCGAACAAGCGCAAGAGGAGCGCAAUUAUCAGCGCGAAAACUCGACCGGCCUCGCAGGCAUCAAGGAGAAGGUCCACAAGAUCGGCGAAAAGAUGCACCUUGUAGAGCCAAAGGAUCCUGCUCAGCGAAGCGCUGCCCAGCUUCAGGACGCUUCGACCAUGCCGGAACAGGCCCCAAUUCACCAGUAA